GCGGCGGCGGCGCUGCGACGCGGCGGCGUGAUCGCGGUGCCGACGGAUACGAUUUAUGGAUUCGCGGCGAGCGCGGCGAACGGCGACGCGGUGCGGCGGUUGUACGAGAUCAAGGGGCGACGCGCGGGCGUGCCGCUGGCGAUCGCGGUGGGAGACGUGCGCGACGUGGGGACGUACGGUGACGAUGGACACCUGAGAGAGGGCGCGCUGGCGCGGUUGCUGCCGGGACCGACGACGGUUUUGUUGCGGCGACGGCGCGGCGACGCGGGACGCGCGACGCCCGAGUUGAAUCCGGGGGUGGAUUUGAUCGGGAUUCGCGUGCCGGCGCACGAUUUCGUGCGCGAGGUGUGUCGCGCGCACGGCGGAGCGAUCGCGCUGACGAGCGCGAAUAGAUCUGGGGAGACGAGCGCGACGGCGGCGGAGGAGUUCGCCGAGCUCUGGGACGCGUGCGACGAAGUCUUCGACGGGGGGGCGAUUCCGGCGAAGCGUUUAGGAAGCACGAUCGUGGAUUUGAGUUCGCGCGCGAAUGAUUUUGCCAUCGUUCGCGCGGGCGAGCGCUGCGACGAGCUCGUUCGCGUGCUCGAG